AUGACAAAAUCAGAUCAUGACACUGACCCGGCGGCCCUGGCCACGGAAAUGUCGUCAUUGCUCUCUGGGGUUCAUGGUCAGGAGCGCCGCGUCGAACGCAACAUCCAAAAGAUUGACUUGCAGCGUGCGAGACGCUAUGGUAUGGCAGAGCCGGCUAAAAAAGGACGCAUCAAGUACACGUACGGUGGAGUAGUUUUCAUAUAUGACCCGAACCGUUGCUACGAAAUCACCUCAUUUACAUCUCGUGACAUUGCCUCUCUAGAGUCGGGAACCAAAUGUGCCCAGCCCAUCAUGUUGGCCAAAAAGACGGAAUAUGAGACCGAUGUCAUGAGGCAUGCCCACGCUAAAAUCCGAGAGAAAAUGCUAGAAACAAGGACAAAAUGGACGAGCCACUCGGUUUUGGUAAUUGACAUGUCAGGGUCCAUGCGGCGGGAUGAUGUGAAUGGAGCAAGGUGCCGUUCAGAUGGCGUGUGGAUGAUUUUGGCUCGGGAUUUUGUCAAGCGUCAGCUAGAAUCAGGAUCGUGUUCCAGUACGGAUGUUGUGAGUGUGGUGUGCAUGAAAGAAGAUGCCGAAAUUGUCUUGGUUUGCGAGCCAAUGGACUGGGUGCUAUACAAUGAACUGGUUGACAAGCGAGAAUGGUCCGAGCAUAGACCAAGUGGCGGGGGUAAUUACAUGCCAGCAUUGGAGAUGGCUGAGUACCUUCUUGAUGCUAAUAAACUUGGUAGCUGCUCGCUGUCACUGAUGUUCUUCUCUGACGGGAAACCUUCUGAUCAUGGAGACUUUGCCGCCAGAUUUGGAACCAUUGCCUCCAAAUUUGGGCGGCGAUUGACUAUCUCAUGUAUUGGUAUGGCAGACAAGGAUGAAGAUUUCUCGACACUCGAAGCCAUGGUAGAAGAAGCCAAACAAUUUGGAUCCGUGGCAUCAUUCAACAAGCCAUCACUUGACACGGACAGUCUAUCAAGCAUCAUAACUAGCCUUGUCACAUCCUUGACAACGACAAAGACAGAGAUUACUGAUAUCGCGACCGGCAAAGUCAAAUCUGUCCGCACAGACAUUAGACGAGAAAGGAGCAAUGCACCAGACGACCUGGUGCUGGGUGAGGAUUGGGACACCUUUCAAAGUUCGAGCUUCUCAAACUAUGUCAUCCGUAUCUGGAGCUGGAGUACCAGGAAGGAUGACUUUGUCUACAUUAUGGACCCCCGUUGUGUGGCAUGCUAUCAAGUUGUCGGAGACAUUGAUAUUAGUGCAAACAACAGCAAAGGUCAACUUUGUCGUCGCUGCAAGGCAUGCCUCUUUUGCAACUCACAGGGUUGUCAACGCGCCCUAUACACUCAUCAGGGAUCACACGAAUGUCUUGAGUGGCUGGACGAUCGACGUGCUAAACACUUGAUUCCAAAAAGACUUCCGUCGUUCUCGGUUGCGGUGAAAAAUUUGCGUUUGGCGAGGUUCAUGAGAACACAGGCCUUGGCACAGCGAUUCGCCGACAAAUUCAACCUUGCUCUGGACGAGGUGUCCACACACUUUGCCGCGGACGCCCAUGAUUUUCUGAAGUCUGUGCCCAGAUUUCACUUUUUGGACCCUCUUGUGGUGGAGCUUCGCGAAGGCACGAAGGAACUCAAUCUCCUUGUUGAGCCCAUGCUAGAAGGAACCUAUUCCAAGUAUUCAAACAACAUGGGCUUCGUCAGGAGAGAAGGCGGCUCGGGUGGUGCCUCCCUCCGCAGUUUUGUUGACGGGUCAGACUUCAGUGAACAGAGAAACGCAUUUCAGGGUGGCUUCAGCGGUGGCCUUGGCGCAAUUGAAGAAGGAAGCGAAGACGAAGAGGAGGAUGAAGAUGAACAGGACGAUGGGAUUAUGGACAGCACCAAGAAAUGGGCACCCGAUGGUGGCACCAGCUUCAGUCUUGCAGAGCAGCAGUUUCCUCCUGCAUUCAGUCAUUUUACGUAUGAGAAUAGCAAGAGGCAGUUUCUUGUAGUUGACCUCCAGGGUGUGUUGCAAGUCAAACCGGAUGGUACCCGCUGCUACAUGCUGACUGACCCAGCCAUUCAUCGGAAGAAGAAGAGCCACCAUGCCCUAUCGCACAGUAACAUGGAUCUGGGUCGAACAGACCGAGGCGAGAAGGGCAUCAAAGCAUUCUUUGAAACUCACGAGUGCAACGAUGUUUGUCGAAUUCUCGGGUUACCACCACACCAACACGAAGAUUGA